AUGUGGUCAGUGCAAGAAUGUGGUCAGUGCAAGGAUGUGGUCAGUGCAAGAAUGUUCUCAGAGCAAGAAUGUGGUCCAAGUGGUCAUCGCAACAAUGUGGUGAGCGCAAGAGUGUGGUCAGUGCAAGAAUGUGGUCAGUGCAAGAAUGUGGUCCAAGUGGUCAGUGCAAGAAUGUGGUCUGUGCAAGAAUGGGCUCAGUGCAAGGAUGUGGUCAGUGCAAGAAUGUGGUCAGUGCAAGAAUGUGGUCAGUGCAAUAAUGUGGUCCAAGUGGUCUGUGCUAGAAUGUGUUCGGUGCAAGAAUGUGGUCUGUGCAAGAAUGUGGUCAGUGCAAGAAUGUGGUCCAAGUGGUCAUUGCAACACAAUGUGGUGAGUGAAAGAAUGUGGUCAGUGCAAGAAUGUGGUCAGUGCAAGAAUGUGGUCAGUGCAAUAAUGUGGUCCAAGUGGUCAUUGCAACAAUGUGGUGAGUGCAAGAAUGUGGUCAGUGCAAGAAUGUUGUCAGUGCAAGAAUGUGGUCAGUGCAAUAAUGUGGUCCAAGUGGUCUGUGCUAGAAUGUGGUCAGUGCAAGAAUGUGGUGAGUGCAAGAAUGUGGUCAGUGCAAGAAUGUGGUCAGUGCAAGAAUGUGGUCAGUGCAAUAAUGUGGUCCAAGUGGUCUGUGCUAGAAUGUGGUCAGUGCAAGAAUGUGGUGAGUGCAAGAAUGUGGUCCAAGUGGUCAGUGCAAGAAUGUGGGCUAAGUGGUCAGUGCAAGAAUGUGGGCUAAGUGGUCAGUGCAAGAAUGUGGUCAGUGCAAGAAUGUGGUCAGUGCAAGAAUGUGGUCAGUGCAAGAAUGUGGUCCAAGUGGUCAUUGCAACAAUGUGGUGA